UCCGGACCCCUUUGUGCGGCAUACCUUCUGGACCUUGGCCUUCGGGGGUGUCUUCAUGAUGCUCUCCUUGUACGGGGUGAACCAGGCCCAGGUGCAGCGCUACCUCAGUUCCCGCACGGAGAAGGCUGCUGUGCUGUCCUGUUACGCGGUGUUCCCCUGCCAGCAGGUGGUCCUUGGCAUGGGCUGCCUCAUUGGCCUGGUCAUGUUUGCCUAUUACCAGAGAUUUCCCAUGAGUACCCAGCAGUCUCAGGCAGCUCCUGACCAGUUCGUCCUGUACUUUGUGAUGGAUCUCCUGAAAGACCUGCCUGGCCUGCCUGGCCUCUUCGUUGCCUGCCUCUUCAGUGGCUCCCUCAGCACCAUAUCCUCUGCUUUUAAUUCAUUGGCAACUGUGACGAUGGAAGACCUGAUUCGACCCUGGUUCCCUGAGUUCUCUGAAGCCCGGGCCAUCAUGCUUUCCAGAAGCCUUGCAUUUGGCUAUGGGCUGCUUUGUCUGGGGAUGGCCUAUGUUUCCUCCCAGAUGGGACCUGUGCUGCAGGCAGCAAUCAGCAUCUUUGGCAUGGUUGGGGGGCCACUGCUUGGACUCUUCUGUCUUGGGAUUUUCUUUCCUUGUGCCAACCCUCCUGGUGCCAUCGUGGGCCUGUUGGCUGGACUCAUCAUGGCCUUCUGGAUUGGCAUUGGGAGCAUAGUGACCAGCAUGGGCUCCGGAGUGGCGCCCUCUCCCCCUAAUGGAUCCAGCUUCUCCCUGCCCAGCAAUCUGACCGCUGCCACUGUGACCACACUGAUGUCCUCAACUACCCUCUCCAAGCCCACGGGGCUGCAGCGGCUCUACUCCCUGUCCUAUAUGUGGUACAGUGCCCACAACUCCACCACGGUCAUUGUCGUGGGCCUGACUAUCAGUCUGCUCACCGGGGGAAUGCGGGGCCGGCCUCUGAAGCCUGGGACCAUUUACCCAGUGCUGCCAAAACUGCUUGCCUUCCUGCCCUUGUCCUAUCAGAAGAGGCUCUCCUGCAGGAGCUACAGCCAGGACCUCCCGGUAGACACUGACCUAUUUCCAGAGAAGAUGGCGAAUGGUGUGCUGAGGGACAGCAAAGACAAGGAAGUGGUGGCCCUG